AUACAAAAUGAAUCGAGGUUUAGUGCUGGUAGUUCUGCAAUUUUUGGCUCUGAGCGAAUCCCGUUUUGCCAAGGUAAAUAUUAAUUUGGGACUUACUGUGGCUGAUGAAUCUCCCAAACCGUUUACGGAGGAUAUGAUCCGACUUUGUGGCGAUCAAACGGAUAUCUCUCUACGGGAUUUGCACAAACUCCAGCAGGAGGACUUUUCGGAUCCCUCGGAAUCGAUCCAGUGUUUCACUCAUUGUUUGUAUGAGCAAAUGGGUCUCAUGCACGAUGGUGUCUUUGUGGAGCGCGAUUUCUAUGGAUUGCUCUCGGAUGCCAGUAAUCCGGACAUCUGGCCAGAACGUCAGUGCCACAUGAUCCGGGGCAGUAACAAAUGCGAGACCACCUUCAAAAUCCACUUGUGUCGGCAGGAGCUGAAGCAGCAGCAGCAGUCUUUGGCUACCAAGGAUGUGGAGGUCACCACUCCAUCCGAGUCCGAUGAUCCAAUGCCUUAGGGCUUUUCUUAUAACAUUUGGUGGUGGUAUAUGGGCUUUAUUAAAAUCACACAUAUU